AUGGAAGACAAGUGGGUUGAUGCUGCCAACCAUCUGACCGAGCACGCGAAGCAAGGGCGGUUACGACUGGCUUACGGAGAAGAUGAAUUAUGCCUCGACGACAUUUUCCCCAGCGACCUAGUCAUUGCUUUUCUCUCUACGCAUUGCGAUGUCGCCAUCGAGUUACCGUCACUUGCCGACAAGCUCUGGCAUCCCUUGCUAGAGCUGGAAGAGCAACUCCGACGGCAGCUUCGCCGUCGCUCUAGGAAUUCGAGCAUUCCCAACGAGACGACGACGGCCAGACUACUGUGGUAUAACUGGUUCUUCGUGAUAUCCUUCAUCCCUUUUGUCGAGCCGCAGCGGCGAUGGGGCGAGGGAAGUGGUUCCCGCCCGGCGAGAGCAGCUCGUGUGGCCAACUCGACGACGGAUUGUGCCCGCUGCCUCUAUGGGAUCCGAGGCUUUUGUCUCUAUCAGGGCUGGACUGUCCAGACGUUGCUGUCCAAGCCGGCCGAGCACCAUGCCAAGUCAAGCAGCAUUGCGCAAAGAGCUCUGCAAUUCUUCGACGAGUGCCAUCUCUCCGCAGCCAAGCUGGACGGUCCUGUCUUUUGCCCCGUCUUCUUGAUCGCCCAAGCGACGAAGGCCCCGUCAGUAAUCGGCUCGGUCCUUCUACAUGUCGAGCGACUGCUUAUUCUCUGGGCCAGGUUUGACUUGGUUUGCGAAAGAAUCGGCCUUGAGUCUCUGGCGGAACUCGCACGAGGCAUGGAGGAGCCUCGAAUACUCGAUGAGUGCACGGGGAACUACAUGGCUGUGCCGACACCUGUCAUGGAGCGCAUCCUUGCCGGUGCCUUGCGCGCAGUGCCAUUAGGCGAGUAUCAUACGGACCCUUUGUAUAUGGCCGGUUAA